CCAGUAGAAACGUCAGUUGCUUAUUUGGAGCUUGUUGGACGGUGUUUGUAGUUGGAUCAGGGCCAUUAAGCUUUACUGCAUUUGGCAGAAUCUCAUAUUUCACUAUUUACAAACCUGGCCUUAUUUAUUCCAAGUAGAUUUGUUACUCCCCAUUAUCACCUGUCAGUCCGAGGACAGAAUGUCUUGUGGAGUUUCCAUAUUCGUGUGCUCCAUCUCAAGAUAUUUCCAUCUCUUUGGACAGGCAGGCUACUGCUUUUCAAAUAUUCCUAUUCAAUGGAAUCUCUUUUGAAGCUUUCAUUAUUUUUGUUGAACGAUUUUGCUUACAAGAUUUGGAUCAGAGGUUUGGGGCAGUGAUUGAUAAGUACAAUGGCAACUUGUAUUUAUUUAACACUUUUAGUACAUUAAAUCAUUUCAAAGCACUUCUUACUGUAAUUAGAUGAUUGACAUUAGAAUAUAGGCAUUGAGGCAAAAGAGGAAAUAUUGGAAUAGGUGGUCAAAGUUUGAUUGAAGAGCGAGGUUUGAACGAGUAUCUUAAAAGAGGGGAAUGGGCAUGGGGUUUCUGAUGGGCUUUCUGAUACCUAUGGCCUAGAUUGGGGUCAGCAGAGUUGCACAAAUAACAGCAAUAACUGAAAAGAAGAUGGAUACGUUCCAAUGAAGAGUUGUUAAAGAACAUUAUUUGAAUUGAUUUUCUUUGGGAUCUGGAUGGAAGAGGAGCUGGAAGAGACGAUACAUGAGGAGCUCAACCUGGACUGAAAAAACAGCAGUUGCUCAGAAAGUGGAUUGGUAGUGUCUGAAGAUGUCUGACUCGGACAGUGAUGAGGAUCAUGAGCAACCAUUCUCUCUCACUGGCUUUCUGUUUGGGAACAUCAAUGAGGAUGGACAGUUGGAGGAUGAUAGUGUCCUUGACAAGGAGUCAAAAAAGCAUCUGGAUGGUUUGGGGACGCUGGGUCUUGGGACUCUCAUCAAAGAAAUCACAGCCAAUGACGAUGAUGCAGUGGAGUCUGAUGAAAGGAGCAGCAAUGCAGAGGGUUGGAUUCAGAGUAAAGAUGACGCCAUUGAUUACUCCGAUAUCAAUGAGGUAGCAGAGGACGAGACCCGCAGGUAUCGUCAGGUGAUGGGAAAUCUUCAGCCACUAAGAAAACUGGAAGGCAAUGAUGAUGAUGAUGAUGACUAUGAUGCAGACAGUGAAGAUGUGGACUCAAAGCUCAUGCCUCCCCCUCCACCACCGCCUCCGCUGAAUAAGGAGGAGUCAAAUUCACAGGAAAUAAUUGCAAAUGGAGUAAAUACAGCAGUGCUGAGUACUACUGGAGGAUCGCGUGCUGCUGAUGCCCUUUUCCCUUGUUCUGUCUCUAAUGAGAAUGACGGGAUCAUUUUACCUUCCAUAAUAGCUCCUUCAUCCUCCUCAGAGAAGGUUGAAUUUAGCAGUUCCUCUGAUUCAGAAUCUGAGACAGACCGACACAUUCCACGAUCAAGGCAGAAUGAAUCUCAGAAGGAAGACAAGCUCACAUUGCCGCUGGCAGGUAUUAUGCAACGAGAUUCAACUAAGCAACUACCGAAUGUUACAGAACUGUUCCCAGAAUUUCGACCAGGACAGGUAUUGCGUUUUUUGCGUCUCUUUGGACCUGGAAAGAACAUUCCAUCGGUUUGGCGAAGUGCAAGAAGGAAAAGAAAAAAGAAACAUCGGGAUCCACAACCUGAGGCUUCUGUUCAAGAAGGAGAGGGAGAAGAAACGAAAGAACAAAAAUCUGGCUGGGACUAUCAUUAUGCUGCGCCACCACCACCUGAACAAUGUCUCUCUGAUGAUGAGAUUACAAUGAUGGCUCCUGUGGAGUCGAAGUUCUCUCAAUCCACGGGUGAUGCUGAUAAUAUAACGGACAUGAGACCAAAAGUUGCAGAAUGGCGCUAUGGGCCUGCACAACUUUGGUAUGAUAUGCUGGGAGUGCCAGAGGAUGGCGAGGGAUUUGAUUAUGGUUUCAAACUCAAAGCAACAAGAGAAGAAGAGCAGAUGCUAGAGGAAGAAGUAACUUGCCUGGUGGAGGUCCAGGAACCUUCUGAGGAAAUUGAGAAGUCAGCUGAUGAAAAGGAAUUGCAGAGUGAAAUGGAGGCUCUUCUAGAUGAGCAUUUCCUCAUGGUCACUCAGCUGCCCUGGGAAGAAGACAUUAUUUGGAAUGGAGAGGAUGUCAAACAUAAGACUACAAAAUCCCAGCGAGCUAGCCUAGCAGGGUGGUUGCCUUCUAGCAUGACUCGAAAUGCUACAGCUUACAAUGCACAACAAGGGCUAAACCGUGGCACCUCUUGGUUGUCGAAUCCUUUGCCUCCCACACCUGUUCAGAAAACCACAAUGCCUGGUCCUCCAAUCCCAGCAAAAGGGAAGGAUAAACAUGCACCAGAGCAGCACGUUUCCCAAGAGGAUGAUAAAACUUGGUAUUCCAUCUUCCCUAUUGAUAAUGAGGAAUUGGUGUAUGGAAGAUGGGAAGAUAACAUCAUCUGGGAUGAUCAAGCCAUGGAUAAAAUUCUGGAACCGCCUGUGUUGACGCUUGACCCGAAUGAUGAAAACAUAAUUCUUGAAAUUCCUGAUGAGAAAGAAGAGAUGACGUCGAACUCUCCUUCCAAAGAGAAUAAAAAAGAAUCAUCAGCUCGCAAGAGUCGCAUCCUUUUAGGAAAGACUGGUGUCAUUAAGGAUGAGCCACAGCAGAAUAUGUCACAGCCAGAAGUAAAGGACCCCUGGAACCUUUCGAAUGAUGAGUUUUACUACCCCAAACAGCAAGGACUGCGAGGGACAUUUGGAGGGAACAUUAUCCAACAUUCUAUUCCUGCUGUGGAACUUCGACAGCCAUUUUUCCCAACUCAUAUGGGACCAAUGAAACUCAGGCAAUUCCACCGGCCAACACUGAAGAAAUAUUCUUUUGGAGCGUUGUCACAGCCAGGACCUCAUUCUGUGUACCCACUGCUGAAACAUAUCAAGAAAAAAGCCAAGAUGCGUGAACAGGAACGUCAAGCUUCUGGUGGUGGAGAGAUGUUCUUUAUGCGAACUCCUCAGGAUCUGACAGGUAAAGAUGGUGACCUUAUUCUCGCUGAGUACAGUGAAGAAUAUCCACCGCUUAUGAUGCAAGUUGGCAUGGCAACCAAAAUCAAAAACUACUACAAGAGGAAACCAGGCAAGGAUCCCGGCGCACCGGAUUGUAAAUAUGGCGAGACUGUUUAUUGCCACACAUCUCCAUUCCUUGGAUCCUUGCAUCCAGGACAGUUAUUGCAGGCAUUUGAAAACAACCUCUUUCGCUGUCCAAUAUACCUCCAUAAGAUGCCAGAAACAGAUUUUCUGAUAAUCCGAACUCGUCAAGCAUACCAUAUCAGAGAAUUGGUUGAUAUUUUUGUUGUAGGCCAGCAGUGUCCACUCUAUGAAGUGCCUGGUCCAAACUCAAAGCGUGCUAACACACAUGUACGAGACUUUCUUCAGGUAUUUAUUUACCGCCUUUUCUGGAAAAGUAAGGAUCGUCCACGCAGAAUUCGUAUGGAGGACAUAAAGAAGGCAUUUCCUUCCCACUCUGAGAGCAGCAUUAGAAAACGAUUGAAACUGUGUGCAGAUUUCAAGCGAACAGGAAUGGACUCAAACUGGUGGGUGCUUAAACCAGACUUCAGAUUGCCCACAGAGGAAGAGAUUCGAGCCAUGGUCUCUCCAGAGCAGUGCUGUGCAUAUUAUAGUAUGUUAGCGGCAGAGCAGCGUUUAAAGGAUGCUGGGUAUGGUGAAAAAUCAUUCUUUGCACCAGAGGAGGAGAAUGAAGAAGAAUUUCAGAUGAAGAUCGAUGAUGAGGUCAGAACAGCACCCUGGAAUACCACACGAGCAUUCAUUGCCGCAAUGAAAGGCAAAUGUCUACUAGAGGUUACUGGGGUUGCUGAUCCUACUGGCUGUGGUGAAGGGUUUUCCUACGUCAAGGUUCCCAACAAACCACAGCAGCAAAAGGAUGACAACCAACCCCAACCUGUGAAGAAGACCGUGACAGGAACAGAUGCUGAUCUGCGGCGCCUAUCUCUGAAAAAUGCCAAACAGCUCCUUCGCAAGUUUGGAGUGCCAGAAGAAGAGAUUAAAAAGCUGUCUCGAUGGGAAGUUAUUGAUGUGGUACGUACGAUGUCAACAGAACAGGCCCGGUCUGGAGAUACUCCCAUGAGUAAAUUUGCUCGUGGUUCCCGUUUUUCAGUUGCUGAACAUCAGGAAAGGUACAAAGAAGAGUGUCAGCGAAUCUUUGAUCUUCAGAACAAGGUCCUGUCUUCAACAGAGGUUCUUUCUACAGACACAGACAGCAGUUCAGCAGAAGACAGUGAUUUUGAAGAAAUGGGAAAAAAUAUUGAAAACAUGUUACAGAAUAAGAAAACAAGCUCGCAACUUUCACGUGAGCGUGAGGAGCAGGAGCGUAAGGAACUGCAGAGGAUGUUGAUGGGAGAGGAAAUUGGGAAUGAUAAGGACCGUGACAAAAAGGAGAAGAAAGACAGGAAAGGUUCAUCUUGCAGCACUCCUACUCCUGGAGUGUUUCACAAAGAUGAUGACACUGCCUCCGUUACCAGUCUUAACUCCUCAGCAACAGGACGACGCCUUAAGAUUUAUCGUACGUUCCGAGAUGAAGAUGGAAAGGAGUAUGUAAGAUGUGAAACUGUCAGGAAGGCUGCUGUUAUUGAUGCAUAUGUUAGAAUACGGACAACAAAAGAUGAAGAUUUCAUCCGCAAAUUUGCUCUAUUUGAUGAGCAACAUCGUGAGGAAAUGCGAAGAGAACGACGCAGAAUUCAGGAACAACUUCGGCGACUCAAACGGAAUCAGGAGAAGGAAAAAUUGAAAGGACCGCCAGAGAAAAAACCCAAAAAGGUCAAAGAAAGGCCCGACCUAAAGCUAAAAUGUGGUGCCUGUGGUGCCAUUGGCCACAUGAGGACCAAUAAGUUUUGUCCUCUGUAUUACCAAACGAAUGCACCACCAAGUAACCCAGUUGCAAUGACAGAGGAGCAAGAAGAGGAGCUUGAAAAGACUGUUAUACCUAAUGACAAUGAAGAACUUAUCAAAGUGGAAGGAACGAAAAUUGUAUUGGGCAAGCAGCUAAUUGAAAGUGCAGAUGAAGUACGCAGGAAAUCUUUGGUCCUCAAAUUUCCUAAACAGCAGCUUCCUCCAAAACGUCGAAGACGAGUUGGAACCACAGUCCAUUGCGAUUACCUAAAUAAACCUCACAAAUCCAUUCAUAGGCGACGGACAGACCCGAUGGUUACCUUGUCAUCCAUAUUGGAAGGAAUCAUCAAUGACAUGCGAGACCUUGUAAAUACCUAUCCAUUCCACACUCCAGUAAAUGGGAAAGUUGUGAAGGAUUAUUAUAAAAUUAUUACUAAACCAAUGGAUUUGCAGACUUUAAGAGAGAAUGUCCGGAAACGGAUGUGCCAUUCACGAGAAGAAUUCCGAGAGCAAGUUGAACUUAUUGUUAAAAACUGUGCCACCUACAAUGGUACGAAGCAUCCUCUGACUCAAAUUGCUCAAAGUAUGGUGGAACUCUGUGACCAAAAGUUCAGAGAGAAAGAAGACAAAUUGGUCCGCUUGGAGAAAGCCAUUAAUCCUCUUCUGGAUGAUGACGAUCAAGUUGCUUUCUCAUUUAUACUUGAUAAUAUAGUCACUCAAAAGAUGAUGGCUGUGCAAGAUUCUUGGCCUUUCCAUCAUCCAGUUAAUAAGAAGUUUGUUCCUGAUUAUUACAAAGUAAUCACAAAUCCCAUGGAUCUUGAAACUGUGAGGAAGAAUAUUUCCAAACACAAAUACCAUAAUCGUGAAGUCUUCCUGCAGGAUGUGGAACUUAUUCUCUCUAACAGCAUCAAGUACAAUGGUACAGAUAGUUUAUACACGAAAACUGCUCAGGAGAUUGUGAAUGUCUGUCAUCAAACUCUGGCUGAGUACGAUGAACAUUUGACUCAACUCGAAAAAGAUAUUGCAUCUGCCAAGGAGGCUGCUCUUGAUGCUGCAGAGUUUGACAGUCUUGAUCCCCUGACCCCAGGGCCUCAUUCUCCUCAGCCACAAGAAUUUGAAGAUGGAAACAUGCCACUUCUUACCUCUCGAGACCUUUCUUUGUUUCAAGGGGAAGGUAUUAUGUUUGCCAGUGCCACCUCAACAACAACACCAGAGAAAAUGCACCUCAGGUUGGCUCAGGGUCAUUGCCGUGAGGGACGCAUAAGGACAGGUGAGGAGGAAUCUGAUGUGGAUGUGGAGGGUUUUGAGGAAGAUGAUGAUGGUAAACCGAAGACACCUGCCCCAGCAAGUGACUUUUACCAUGCUCUGCAUGAAACAACUGAGGGAGAGUGUGAAAUGGAAGAUGAGGAUGAGAUAAAUGUACCACAGCGUCAGGCAAGUGUGUUGUAUGAAGACUUGCUGAUGUCAGAUGGAGAGGAUGAAGAUCAUAGUGACGAGGAAGAAGGAGACAAUCCAUUUUCUUCCAUUCAGCUCAGUGAGAGUGGGAGUGACUCUGAUGUUGAAAUGCCUGCCAUUCGACCAAAAAGACCUCAUCUAAUACCUGAGAAUACACGCAUGGGAAUGGAGAAUGAGGAGAGCAUGAUGUCCUAUGAAGGAGAUGGUGGUGAGACCUCUCAGAUCAUGGAGGACAGUAAUGUAAGCUAUGAGAGCUAUGAAGAAACUGAGCUCAAAUCAAAUACUCGUGAUACCACCUUUAGCAGUGGAGGAUGUGACUAUGAGCUGUCUGAGGAAGAAGAAGAUGAGGAACAAAGGCAUGGACCAAGUGUUCUUAAUGAGGUACACCUGAGUGAGGAUGAGGAAGACAGCGAGGAAUUCCACUCCAUUGAGGGGGACACUGAUAUAGACUCAGACAUAGAAACCUGAACACAUUGUGGUACAGUACAGAAUGGGAUAUGCAGAUGACCAUAACAAUCUUUUAUGGUUGGAAAGAGUGAGAGGAAUGACUUCGGUUUAGAUAAUUGCCACGAUGAAGGUAGAUUUCAUUGACUAAUGUACCAUUGUGACAUCACAUUGGAUUAUCUAAGCAAAACAUAUUUUUUGCUCUUUCGCCUCAAUACACUUGAGUUAUAUAGAUGGUUAAUAAGCUUGUACAAAAAUAGAGAGUCAUGCAAAGCCCAGUAACAAAUUGUGCUUCAUACCAAAAUACACCCUGUAUUGAAUCUCUAUAUAAUCCUGUUCCUGGAAGGCGGACAAAGAAUGUGUGUAAAUGGGAGUUUGAUAUUGUAAUGUUUUUCUGUUCGUAAAGCACAUUCACUACCAGUGAUGGUGCAUCAUAAACUUUAAUGUCACUGUUGUAAAAAACUGCCGUGAACAGAUUCAAAACAAAUAUUAAUUGUUACUUGUCCAGGGAAAGAAAACAUAUUUUUGAAGAGGCAGAGAUGUCAAAUAGAGGUCCUGCUAUUCUUUUUAACUUUAAUAUCUCGAGGUUUCCACAUAAUCACAGCUUUUUUCAAAGUGCUGUAGCAAUUCAGAUGAUCUGGUUUUUAAAAAUAAAUUGUCAUAAAGUCUUGCUUAACAAUGUGACAACCGAACAGAGCUUUGCCAAAUUUCAGGCUGAAUAUUGCUGAACCAGUAGAUGAAUUAUCAUUCCAAUCAGAUGGGAAUGAUAAAUAUUUAUUUACCCAAUUUUAUGUCAAAUUGGUGAUAUGUUCAGCAUGAAAACUGAAAAAACAACUGGAGCAAACCUCCUGCUCCCAGAUUCACAUCUUGGAAGAUGCAAGAAAUAAAAACCUAAGACCAGAAGUAAUUUAAAGAAAUUAUUGUACACUUUGGGAAUGUAUCACCAUAAACAAUGAAACAUCUUGACUGGUGGUUUCUAUUUGCACUGGUCUUGGAUAGACAGCUCUCUAUCGAACUUUGACUUUUGUUAUUUGUCUUCUGAAAAUGUGUUGAUCCUUCUUUUAAAGUGUGACCUUAACUUGAUUUGUUUCUGUAUCAUGACAGCACCCCAAUGGUUUGGUGGGCAAGGGCACUAUCUUGUGUACGUGUACCUGCUACCUACUACGUGGGUCCAUCUUUUCCAAUUUAUAUUUAGCUGAUUUCAAUAUCACGAGAUAGGAAUUCCCAAUCCUAAUCACCAGUGAAACCCAAUGGGAACCAAGUGUGCAAUGACUGGUUGAGGACUGCCUUGAAUAUGAUAGUGUACAGUCAGAUAUAUUUCUAGCAGUCUACGGUCUACUUGCUUUAGCAAAUUACCAUUUGGUUGAGGAAUGGAAUAUAGGAUACCCAUAAAACUGUACCAAUUGAUAACCUUUUGGUGAUGGAGGGGAAUUUUGGCAAAACAAAAUCAUGAUUAGUGUUUUGAUGAUUAUGGAUAAAGAAUAGAAUUUGAUUUUUGUUACAUAUUGUGAUGUGUGUUGCAAUUUUGUAACAUCUUAUGCCAGUUGUAAAUGAUCAAUUAAAACAGUUCAGAAUGUCAGAAUUUUGGAAACCAAAAUUUAAACUGCUGUAAAAUUGUUAAUGCAUCUAUAUGUUGUGAAAAUUGUUGUAAAUCUCAGGUAAAGGUAAUAUCUAUGUAGUGUUUGUGGCUUAGUUUUUAUUUGGCUUUUAGAAGCAAAUGACAUAUACUAAAUGUUUGAAAUGUUUAUACAAAUGUUUUUUUGGGAGUUGAUCUUUCUAGUUUCAGAGCUGUUCCUCAAGCAUUGUUUUGUGCAGAUUUUGGCUUCUUCAGUUAGUAAAUGAGAAAAAGAAUUUUUUUUAAUCUGUCAUAAAUAUUAAAGAACAAAACCUUACACAGAAGAUUAAAGAAGAGGAAAUGUUAGAAAAGGAAGCAGAGAUAAAAUGGUAUGACACAAUGGAUAGAUUUUAAGAUUUCGUUCAAGAAAUUCAUGAGAUCAAUAGCCUAUGUGAUUUACUAAGACAAGGCUUAUGGCUGCUGAGUGAAAGAGAGACUAUCAGUGCAGCCUAGGACAAAUCACAGUUCUUCAGCAUGCAAACCUUUCAAGUAGGUUGAUACAAAUGGGUAAUGGAGGAAUAGAGUCCAAAGGUGAUAAAAGAGCAACUACAAGAAGAACUUUGGGACGGUUUUGUAAGAAGCCAGAGGUAGAAGAAUUGAGAGUUUUGAAUUUAUAGUGAUAUACUUCACCAAGGACGGGACUUGGGACAUCGUUCAGGAUAGAAUACAAGUUUAAAAAAUUCUUUGUAUGAACUGAAGAAUUAGCUAAGAUAUAUUGAGAUUUGGAACCAAGCAAGGUUACAUAACAGGGGAAAGGUAUUAGAAGAAAUAGUUUGAUGAACUGUGUCAAAGACUGCAGAGAAACUGAUGAGGGAAACUGCACCACAAAGACAUUUGAAAAAUCUUUUAACUUCAUUUAACAGCACUUCAGUGCUACAGCAGGGAAGAAAUCAGAUCAGAAGGAUUAAAAGAGAAAGUUGUGAAAAUGGACAUUGAUUUGACGCAAUGACGGUUACUUUAGUAAAGAAAGUCAAAUUUUCCAGAGUUUUAAGCUUAUGGGGGGCCUUAACAGUCACUGCUGUAUUCUACAAAGGCAAUAUUCCUUGCUGGGCUAUUCUCAACCUGUUAUUUUCUGAUGACCUUAGUUUUCUGCCCAUCUUUGGGAAUUUUCCAUUACACUGAGCUAACUCUGAUCUAUUUCUGGAUUCCAUCCAGCUCUGGAUUCUACAUCACAGCCUCCAAAUGUUUGCUGCUUUUAUUCACUCUGUAAUGGGUGCAUUGGAUUUGCGGGUGGGCAUUACUAUUUUGAAUACAUCUCUCAUCUCUUUUGGACUUCUAGUGCAACGUAUGUAUUAACUCAUUGUUAACCAUCCAUACUGCCUCCUUUCAUUCAGCAAUGCAUCCCUUAGAGGGUGGCCCUAAAUCAGCUCCUGGAUUCAUUUCCCCAUCAGAGCUGUUUUAGAACCAGGACAUUUGUUAAAGCUGCAGUCUGACUUUACCCUAUUUAUACACUAACUUCAUUGUAGUGGCGAUUUCUAGAUUUCAACUUUGGACUCUUAUCCCAUCUCCUCUCUGUCUUGUUUACUAUUUCUGUGUUAUUUAUUACAUAUCUAAUUACUUUAUAUCUUGUGAACUAAAUACAUUCUAAUUGUUGACAUGCCUUUGGAACUUGAACUGUGUGCAUGUUCCAGAACAAAAACAGGCCAUUCUCCUCCUCAACCCUAUUCUGCCCAUCAAUGAAAACAUAGUUGAUUGAAAUUUUAAUUCUAUCCAUCCGAAUAAAUGAACCUGUAUAAAAA